AUGGAUGUAAGACCGGAAGACUCUAUUAGCAACGUAGAUUCUCGAGAAGGUUCCAUAAUUUCGAGACAUUCUCGAACUAGUUCGCCAAGUUCAAUUAGAAGCUCUGCUAGCGCGAAAGCGCGAGCCGCCGCAAAGAAAGCGAUUCUCAAAGCAGGAGCUGCUACUCUUGAACGACUUUAUGCAAUUCAAGAGGAGGAAUUACGCCUCCAGCAAAGGAAAAAACAAUUAGAACUUCAAACUUCUAUAGCUAAAGCCGAAUCCGAAGCCGAAGAAAGGGCUUAUGCCAUUGCCGAAGCCGAAGAGCAAAAUCAAUUGUAUGUCCUCGACGAAACACAUGAAAGCGUCGACUUAGCAAACACUCGAAAUUUAGCAACUCCAGAGGCAGAUUCUGAACAAAAUUUGAGCGUCACGCAAACUGAAGUGGCAAACGCAAAUGAAUCAAAUCAGAUGCAGGUCGCCCCAGUUGAUCAGCAGCAGUUAAUUCCCACCCGGCAUGUACAGCGACCCACUCCUAGAUCUGAGAACCUGAAUCCAGCUGCGCCAGAUUGGAAUCAUGCUCAAUUUUCGACCACUAAAGAAAAUAACCAUAUACUAGGUAGAGUCUUAGAAUCCCAAGAAUAUCAAAGUUUUGCUUUUCAACAACUUCUCGAACAGCAACAACAAAACAUCUUAGCGCUUACACUUCCACAACCUGACCUUCCCAUUUUCGACGACGAUCCAACACGGUACUGCGAUUUUAUACGUGCGUUCGAGAAUCUAAUCGAAAGAAAAACGAAUAGUCCAAGUGCAAUUCCACCUUUCUCCAUUUGA